UAAGAAGUUAAAUCCUCUAGACUCAUAUGCGCUAGAAUUUAAAGGAAAAACAAAAAAUGAAGCGCGUUUUGGACGAAAGUUCAGACGAUGGAUGGGAAAAUCAUUCUUUCAAGCCUUCCCGGGUUUCAAAGAAAAGCCCUAACCCUCCUCCAAUCAAAUCUUUCUCUUUCAAUUCCCAAUCUCACACUAAUUAUUCCGGCCAAAGCAGCGACGAUUGCGUCGAAAUCCAACAGUUGGAGGACGACGGGGUCUCCAACUUGGAAGACGACGAUGUUGAAGCCGAGGAUGUCGCCCGGCCUGUCAACCGUGUCCGUCGAUUCGUGGUUGACGACGACGAGGAAGACAAUGAAAAUGCUUGCUCUGAUGAGGUGUUUGAUGUUGAGUCAAGUGAAGAAAUGGAGGAACUGCAAGAGGAUGACGUGGUAGGGAAGGCGUUGCAAAAGUGUGCGAAAAUAUCGACUGAGCUUCGGAAGGAGCUCUACGGGAGUUCUGCUGCUUCUUGUGAACGAUACGCCGAAGUAGAAGCUUCUUCCGUGAGAAUCGUUACGCAGAAUGAUGUUGAUGUUGCAUGUGGGGCUGCGGAUUCUGGUUUUCAGCCAGUUCUCAAGCCAUAUCAACUAGUUGGUGUAAACUUUCUUCUUCUGUUGCAUCGAAAGGGUAUUGGAGGAGCUAUAUUGGCAGAUGAGAUGGGUCUUGGGAAAACCAUUCAGGCUAUUACAUAUUUAACUUUGCUGAAACAUCUGAAAAAUGAUCCUGGUCCUCAUUUGAUAGUUUGUCCUGCCUCAGUUUUAGAAAACUGGGAAAGAGAACUUAAGAAGUGGUGCCCAUCAUUUUCUGUACUUCAGUAUCAUGGUGCUGGCAGAGCAGCUUACUCGAAAGAGUUGAGCUCUUUGUCCAAAGCUGGAUUACCACCUCCAUUUAAUGUCCUCCUUGUGUGCUAUUCACUUUUUGAAAGACACAGUGUGCAGCAGAAGGAUGAUCGUAAAAUUCUGAAACGUUGGCAUUGGAGCUGUGUGCUAAUGGACGAGGCCCAUGCUUUAAAGGAUAAGAACAGCUAUAGGUGGAAAAACCUAAUGUCAGUUGCUCGAAAUGCAAAACAGCGUCUUAUGCUAACAGGCACACCACUGCAAAAUGAUUUACACGAGCUGUGGUCGUUGCUAGAGUUCAUGAUGCCUGAUCUUUUCGCCACUGAGGAUGUAGACUUGAAGAAGCUACUAAAUGCAGAAGAUAGGGAGUUGGUUGGUCGUAUGAAGUCCAUUCUGGGACCAUUCAUCUUGAGGCGUCUGAAAUCUGAUGUCAUGCAGCAACUCGUCCCAAAGAUGCAACGGGUUGAGCAUGUAAUUAUGGAGAAGCAACAAGAAGAUGCAUAUAGGGAGGCCAUAGAGGAGUAUCGUACAAUCUCACGAGCACGGAUAGCUAAGCUUUCAGAAUCUGAUAUGAAUAAUAUUGUUGGAAUUCUUCCUCAACGUCAGAUCUCAAACUAUUUUGUUCAGUUUAGAAAGAUUGCAAAUCAUCCAUUAUUAGUGAGGCGAAUUUAUAAUGAUGAGGAUGUUGUUUGCUUUGCUAGAAGGUUACAUUCAAUGGGUGUUUUUGAAUGUACCUUGGACAGAGUAAUUGAGGAACUAAAGAAUUACAAUGACUUCUCUAUUAAUCGGCUUUUAAUUCGCUAUGGAAUUACUGGUGGUAAAGGAACUCUUUCUGAUGAGUAUGUUAUGCUUUCAGCUAAAUGCCAGGCUUUAGCAAAGCUUCUCCCUUCACUCAAGAGAAGUGGGCAUCGAGUUCUGAUUUUUAGCCAAUGGACAUCAAUGCUUGAUAUCUUAGAGUGGACUUUAGAUGUUAUUGGAGUUACAUAUAAACGGCUUGAUGGAAGUACUCAGGUGACUGAUAGGCAGACUAUAGUUGAUGAUUUCAAUAAUGACACUUCAAUAUUUGCGUGCUUGUUGUCCACGAGAGCUGGAGGGCAGGGUUUGAACUUGACAGGAGCUGAUACUGUAAUUAUCCAUGACCUGGAUUUUAAUCCACAGAUUGACCGGCAGGCUGAAGAUCGUUGCCAUCGAAUUGGCCAAAUUAGGCCAGUUACUAUAUACAGGCUGGUUACUAAAGGUACUGUUGAUGAGAAUGUUUAUGAGAUUGCAAAAAGGAAGUUGACUCUGGAUGCUGCAGUGCUAGAGUCAGGUAUUGAUAUAGAGAAUGAAGGUGACACAUCUGAGAAAACGAUGGGACAAAUACUGACAUCACUACUGAUGAACUAGAACUAAACUAGUAUGUGAUAGAUUUUUGUUUUCUUUACUUUUGCUUAUUCUUUGUACACAUAAGACCCAUUGUUGUAUCAGUUCGUAGAUGAAGAGAAAAUUGUCUUGAUCUAUUAGAUUUAGGAUCAUUUGAGGGGAAAAUCAACCUUUAAAAUUUUUAGGGCAUGCCUUACAUGGGUAUUAAUUAGCCAACACCAACAUAGAAGAAUAUUUAUGAGAAAAUUAUUAGCAGGAGAGAUGGUGACUUUUCGGUGCCUUUCAGAUAGAAGUAUCAAAACCCCACCUCCUGAAUGGCUCCAUCUUCUCCUUAAAGAGAAACUAAUUGAUUUGUGAUCUUACAUUUGAUAUAGUAAAGAGUACCAAUAUUAUUAUUAUCUUAGAA